AUGCCGAAGGGGCGGCGCGGCAGCCAGAACUCCAAGAUGAGCCAGCGGCCGGCCCCGCCCCUCUACUUCCCGUCUCUCUACGACGGCGGCAUCUCGUCGUCUCCGCUCAGUGACUUGAACAUCUGGAAGAAGCUCUUCGUGCCUCUCAAGGCCGGCGGGGCUCCGGCGGGCGGGGGUUCGGGAGUCCGACCCCUGUCUCUGGCGUCCCCCACCCCGCAGCCCCCGCCGCCGCCCGGCCUGUGUCUCCCCAGCGAGCGCCCGUGCCCUCCGCCCUGGCCCUCGGGCCUGGCCUCCAUCCCCUACGAGCCCCUGCGUUUCUUCUACUCGCCGCCGCCAGGGCCCGAGGGGACCUCCUCGUCCCCGAUCCCCGGUCACACGUCCCCCCUGUUCGCCUCUGACUCCCACCCGGAGGAGCUGUGCGAGCUGGAGAUCCGCAUCAAGGAGCUGGAGCUGCUCACCAUCACUGGGGACGGUUUCGACUCCCAGCGCUAUAAACUCCUGAAGGCACUUAAAGAUGAAAAGUUACAAGGACUGAAGACCUGGCAACCUGGAACAUCGGCCUCUCUCUCCUGAGGUGCUGCCCUCCAGAGCUGGGCAGCUGCCUCCUUAGAUGUUAGUGCUUAGAUAAUGAGUCCCCUUCGUUGUCAUUUCAAAGAUGAUUUAUUUUUGUUCUGUAUUUACUGCCCUUGUUGCUCCCAGCAUGUAAUCCACAUACAGUGUCCACUUACAUAGUAAA